AUGGAAUCCCCGUUCUUCAACGGAGAGCCCAAGUCCAAGGCCGCGACCUUUCAUGGGCGGCUGCGGCUGCAAGAAUACAUGUUCAGCUCGGCAGCAUCCACGCCACCUGGCGGAGUAGCAGCCGGAGCACCCACAACAGCCGCGACCCCAAGCCUCCAGUCCCCAUCCCCGGUGCCGCUCCGCCGCAGCCCCCGGAAGGCGACCCCACUCGGUCUCGUCCCGUCCCCGAACCGCGUCACCAAGCAACGCACCGCCGGCGCCGGCAGAACCACCAAACCCGUGGCGUCGACACCAGAAUCCCAGACGCCUCCGCCCCCGACCUCUAGUGUUCUCUCGCCGAAACCCGAGUGCCCAGACUCGGACUCCGCCGACCUCGCCCUCGUUCCCGCAACCACCGCCGCGCCCGUCCGGGACGCCGCCAAACCAAAACGCAAGCGCAAGGCAGCAGGCUACGCCCCGCCCUCGACCUACGCCCACCUCCCGCCUCUGACGGACAUCCUCGCCCCGGGCCUCCUGAUCCUCUUCGUGGGCCUGAACCCGGGCCUCCGCACCGCCGCCCUCGGCCACGCCUACGCCCACCCCUCCAACCUCUUCUGGAAACUCCUCCACUCGUCGGGCAUCACCCCACGCCUGUGCGCGCCCACGGAGGACCGCGACCUGCCGCACCUCUACGGCCUGGGCAACACCAACAUCGUCGCCCGCCCGAGCCGCAACGGCGCGGAGCUGUCCAAGGCGGAGAUGGACGAGGGCGUAGACGUGCUGGAGGCCAAAGUCAGGGGGUGCCGGCCCGAGGUGGUGUGCAUUGUCGGCAAGGGCAUAUGGGAGAGCAUCUGGCGGGUGCGGCGCGGGAGGGGGAUCCGGAAGGCGGAGUUCCGGUACGGGUGGCAGGACGAGGGGGAGAACAUGGGCGUCGUUGUCAAGGGGGAAGAGGAUGGUGGUGACGAUGCGUCGAACAAGGCCUGGGCUGGGGCAAAGGUGUUUGUUGCGACGAGCACGAGCGGGCUGGCUGCUACGCUCCGCCCGGCGGAGAAGGAAAAGAUCUGGAGGGAGCUGGGAGAGUGGUGUGAGAGGAGGCGGGCCGAGAUGAAAAUGGAUGCCUUGUGA